AUGACCAGUGGGUACAGCAAGUCAGCUCCUACCCAUGACGGCACCGAUCGCUUCCUCCAAUUGCCAGGCGAGAUACGCAACACGAUCUACAAAUACGCACUCACUGCCAACCAUCACGAACUCUUCUAUCGCGACUCGAUCGACUUCGAAUCAAUACCCCAGGCAGUGACCGAAGAGGUCAACAGUAUAGACGAUGUCUGGCACGCAACACCCCAAGAGUGUGUAGAUGCGUAUUACAAGCAUGAGUCCGCGCAGGGCGCCAAGCUAUGUUCUACCGCGGAAUCUACAUCCGAGUACAACCAGCUCAAAUACGUGUGCAAGCAACUCUACGAAGAGACCAAACACUUGUCACUGUUAUACAACGAUAUCGUAUUCGCCCAAGACACCAUGAACGAGUGGAUGUCGGAGGCCUCAUCGUGA